UUAUCAACCAUUAACAUAAAUUUGUAAUCAUUUGCAUAGAUAACAUAUAAAAUUCAUAUUUUUUUAUUAUACAACUGCUUCAUAAAUAAGUAUGCAUACUUGUAAUGCUAUAUGUUAUACCAUAAUGCUGCAAAAUUACAAUUUUUUUAUAUUAUUUCUAUGGAUGAUAAUUACACUAAUAAAAUACAGAUGAUAACUGUAAGAUGCAGUUUUAGAUGAAAUUAAAUAUCAAAUUAUAAAUAUGCAUAUAUAUCUAAGAAACAUCAGAAUAAUAAUAGAUCAUAAAACUAAUCUAUAUUAUAGGCUAAUUAUUUAAAUUUUAAUAGCCAUGCGAAUUCCUAUGAUGAGAUUGUCGAUUUUUUAAUAAUCUUUUCGAUGAUAUUAAAAAGAAAUAGUAAAGUCGCAAUAAAAGCAAAACAGCAAUGUUAUAAUUCGGCAUUCCCUCAACCUUCAGAAUGAGAUCUUACUUCAGGUUGAGAACCGCUGGUUUUAUUUAUAUUAAGAUUACGGACACGUCCGAAGCGCGCGAUCGAACUUGACCGAAGUGCCGACCAAGAUUCCCCUCUUCUCCCCUUAUCACUAAUCGUAAAUGACGACUUUCACGUAGAGACGUGCCAACCAUAUGAUUCUUUGGUCCAUGGUAUAAUCAGCAAUGUAUAUAACAGUUCCGGCGCGCCAGGGCAGGCCGUAUAAAGUCGAGCAGCCUGGCCUCCAGCGUGUAGAGUAAAACAGUGACGCGACCACACGACACCUGAGGUGUCGAAGUUCGAAUCGACGACCGUUCUCCUCUUCUAAUCGGACAGCUCGGCUGUCGUCGCUACGUCAAUUCACCCGUUAUCUUUUCCGUUUCUUUCCUUCGUUCCCUCUGUCCCUCUGUCCCUCAUUCUCUGUUAUCAUUUCUGCCUUUUUUCCUCUCCCCCUCCGGUCAAAACGACCGACCGGCUACUACGGAGUGCCAGAUUCCGCGCGUCCUCGUCGAGCGCGUUUCCUCGUGAUCUCUCGUGGUUCCCGUGAAUCUCGAGCCGGGAGGCGGUGUUUCCCUCGUCGCUCGCUCGCACGCGCGCGCGCAUGUGAAUAGCCUCCCGCGGGUUACGCGAGUGUGCUCCAGCGGGAACCCGGGCAUGUCCGCCACGCGAAACCGGUUCCUGUCGACGCUCGGCGCCGCGCGACGUCUCGCCGUCGCCGGCGCCGUCGGCGCCGACCGCGCGCACGUUGCAGGCAUGGGCGCUCGGCGCCGCGCGUGCUCGCCCGCAUACCGCGGGAAUGCGGCGUGCUGGAGAUUAUUGGACCAUAAUGUACGAAUGACUCAUUCCGUAACACAACCAUGGGUAACAACCAAGGAUGAAAGUCGAGAGAUGAUGGCUCUAUGGCCGGACGUUGUUCGCGAUCUCACAGAUGGGCCUAAAAAUUUAGGCAUUCCCGACGUUCAUAAAUGGAUGGCAAAAGUAUUACAGUACAACGUACCAGGAGGAAAAAAAACUCGAGGUUUAACCGUAGUUUAUGCCUACAGGUUACUAGCAUCGAAUAAUCAACUUACAGAGGAUAAUAUUCGUCUGGCGCGGAUUUUAGGAUGGUGCGUGGAAGUGUUGCAAGCUUCUCUACUCCUUCUUGAUGAUAUACAAGACCGAUCGUUAUUACGUAGAGGCCAGCCAUGUUGGUAUCGAUACAACGAUUUGGGUAUAGCGGCAAUGAACGAUGGUUUAAUGUUAGAAAAUUCUUUGUAUUAUCUAAUUCGAAAGCACUUCAAAGGAAAAGAAUGCUAUGUUGACCUACUAGAAACAUUCCAAGAUAUAAUGUGGAAGACAAUAAUGGGUCAAUGUUCAGAUUUAAUUUCUACCAAUUUUGGCAAAAAGCCCAAUCUGGAUUUAUUUACGAUGGAUCGAUACAAUUCUAUUGUCGAAUACAAAACGUCACAUUAUUCAUUUAUCUUACCAGUGAUCACGGCAAUGUAUUUUGCUGGAAUAAAGGAUCCAGAGAUGUUCAGGCAAGCAAAAACCAUCUUGUUAGAAAUGGGACACUUGUUCCAAGUCCAAGAUGAUUAUUUAGCUAUCUUUGGAGAUAUCGAUACUUUUGGUAAAGAUAGUACUGACAUAGAAGAAGGAAAAUGUACGUGGCUGGUUGUGGUAGCUCUUCAACGGGCUACUCCAGAACAACGUAAAAUUUUGGAAGAAUGUUAUGGCUCUUCGGAUCCAGAAAAAGUGAGACGUGUGAAGCAGCUCUUCAUCGAUUUGGGAUUGCCAAAUACCUAUUCUAUAUACGAAGAAGAAACAUAUAAUUUACUAAAUGUACAUAUACAACAGAUAUCACGCGGGCUUCCACACAGUCUUUUCUUGGAUUUAUUAGGAAAGCUUUAUCGCAGAGUUGUUUAAAGUACCGUGUAUAUAACAGAAAUAGUCUAAUGCAUUAAUCCUUAAUAAAUUUGAACUUUAAAAAGAAA